AUGAAAGACUUGAGCCCAAACAAACUUGAAGACGAGAUGGAUUCUUUUAUCAAACUCAAAAUAAAACUCGAUAAAGUCAAAAAAUACCGCGAUCAUAAUUCAAAGAGGCUUGACGAGCUGAAACGAGAAAUGAAAAGAAUUAGAGAACACAUGGAUGAUGUUAAUAAGCAGCAAAACUUAGCAAUUCAUAAAGUAAUUACAGGGAGAAGAAAAGCUUAA